AUGGAUCUCGAUCUUGCAUUAAGGGAUGAUUCUCCCCCACCUCUUACAGAUCAGAGUACCUCUGAUGAAAAGAGAAAUAAUGAGAGGUGGAAGAGAUCAAAUCGCUUGUGUCUGAUAAUCAUUAAAAAGGCCGUUCCAGAAGCAUUCAGGGGAACAAUGUCAGAAACGACUGUAACUGCUAAGGAGUUCCUUCAGGACAUUGAAAAAAGGUUUGUCAAUAACGAAAAGGCUGAAGUUAGUAUGCUCUUGACACGCCUAAUUUCAAUGAAAUAUAGUGGUAAAGAUAAUAUCAGAGAGUACAUCAUGGAGAUGUCUCAUCUUGUUUCAAAAUUAAAUGCACUUAAGUUGAAACUCUCUGAAGAGUUACUAGUGCAUUUGAUUCUAAUAUCUCUUCCUACACAGUUUAGCCAGUUUAAGGUGAGUUACAACUGUCAAAAGGAGACUUGGUCUCUAAAUGAACUCAUCUCACACUGUGUAGAGGAAGAGGAAAGAUUGAAGCAAGAGCAGACAGAAAGUGCUCAUCUGGUGUCAACCACUAAUAAUAAAAGCAAGGGACUUAAGAGAAAGAAAGAAAAAGGAGCUGCAGAUACAGUGUCAGAAAAGAAACAACAAAAGAAGUCAAAUGAUCAAGGAAAGAAUAGUUGUUUCUUCUGUGGAGCUGAAGGGCAUCAAAAGAAGCAUUGCACCAACUAUCACGCUUGGCGUGCUAAGAAAUUAUUGUAUGUUGAUGACAUUUUGCUUGCCAGCAACGAUAUUGAUUUAUUGCAUGAAAUCAAGAAAUUUCUAACUAAGAAUUUUGAGAUGAAAGAUCUUGGUGAUGCAUCUUUUGUGUUAGGCAUACAGACACACCGUGAUCGCUCUCGGGGUAUUUUAGAACUAUCACAAAAUGGCUAUAUCGAAAAGUGUCCCAAGAAUGCUUUUGAGAAAAAAGAGAUGCAAAAGAUUCCUUAUGCAUCAGCAGUAGAGAGUCUAAUGUAUGCUCAAGUAUGUACGCGUUCGGAUAUUGCGUACAUUACUGGGAUGUUAGGUAGAUAUUUGAGUAAUCUUAGAUUAGAUCAUUGGAAAGCAACCAAACGGGUCUUACGGUAUCUACAGAAAACAAAAGACUACAUGCUCACGUAUCGAAAUUCAGAUGAAUUAGAGAUCAUUGGAUAUACUGAUUCCGAUUAUACUGGAUGCCAAGAUACUAUGAAAUCAACGUCAGACUAUGUGUACUUGUUGGCUGGAGGUGCUAUAUCUUGGAAGAGUGCUAAACAGUCCCUCAUAGCAUCUUCCACUAUGGCUGCAGAGUUUAUAAUUUGUUAUGAGGCAUCCAAUCAAGGAAUUUUGCUGUAA